AUGUCCCAGUACCCACCACCAGUCGACGAAGCGCAACGCGGACACUACAACGAUGGCUACUCGCCCUAUCCCCCACCUGCGCCCAAUCCGUACGCGCCCUCCUUGACACCCGGGUUGUAUGAGCAUGAACAUCAGCCAUAUCAACCCAUCCAUGCCGAUCCGUUCGUGAGCCCGCAAAUCCCGCCUCCCCCAAGCCUGUACCAGCCUCCGCCAUCGCCGCCCCACCCAAGUAUGUACCACUCUCCGCCACCCCUGCACGACUCAAACAUGUACCACUCCCCGCCUCCCCUGCAAGAUCCCUACAUGAGCCCAAACCACCCAAUGUCCCCUCCGCUUCACCCCGCUUCUUCCCCUUUACGUCUCCCGCCGCAGGGAGAUUACCUCAGUGCGGGCUACAGCAGCAUACACUCGGUGACCCCUCCGCCGCAGAUGAUGCCCCCGUCUACCUCGCAGCUCGGGCACUCCUCCGUUUCUUUGUACGACCAGGGGCCUGUCCUUGAAGGCGAGGACUCGGAUGCGGACAAUCUCGAGACGGGCGAUAUACCGCUCCUGCGGCGUGAUAACUCGGGGUCGACCCUGCCGAUGCCAGGGGGAUACGAGCCCGUCUUGCCAGACGACACUUCAGAGAGCAACAUCCGGUACGGCAGGAUCCCGCAGCGCGUGCCGCGGCGAUACAAAACGAUCAAGAAGGUCGAGCUGUUCCACGGCAACUUUGUGCUGGAUUCGGCGGUGCCGUCGAAGCUGCUGAACAUGUGCGGGCAGCGGAACGAGCGCGAGUUCACGCAUAUGCGAUACUCGGCCGCGACGUGCGACCCGAACGACUUUAAGGAAUCCGGGUUCACGCUGCGCCAGGGGCAUUACGACCCCCCUCGUCGGACGGAGUUGUUCAUCGUCAUGACGAUGUACAACGAGGACGAGGAGCUGUUUUGCAGGAGCAUGCAUGGCGUCAUGAAGAACAUCGCGCACUUGUGCAAGCGCGAUAGGAGCAAGACUUGGGGGAAAGACGGGUGGAAGAAGGUCGUUGUAUGCGUGGUGUCUGACGGACGGCAGAAGAUCAACUCGAGAACGCUGAGUGUUAUUGCGGCGAUGGGUGCCUACCAGGAUGGUAUCGCGAAGAAUAUCGUGAACGGCAAACCCGUCGCCGCACAUAUCUAUGAGUACACGGCGCAGAUCUCGGUAUCACCCUCAAUGAAAAUUGAAGGGGCCGAACGCGGGAUUGUACCUGUACAGAUCAUCUUUUGCCUGAAAGAGAAGAACCAGAAGAAGAUCAACUCGCACCGGUGGUUCUUCAACGCGUUCGGGCCCAUUUUGCAGCCCAACGUCUGCGUUUUGCUGGAUGUGGGCACUAUGCCCGGCCCGACCUCCAUCUACCACCUUUGGAAGGCGUUUGACAUUAACUCGAACGUCGGUGGUGCGUGCGGAGAGAUCGUGGCGCUGAAGGGCAAGUACGGCAGGAACAUGCUGAACCCGAUCGUCGCGGCGCAGAACUUUGAGUACAAGAUGUCUAAUAUUUUGGAUAAGCCUCUGGAGUCAAUUUUUGGCUAUAUCACCGUGCUUCCCGGUGCGUUUAGUGCGUACCGGUACCACGCUCUGCAGAACGAUCCUACGGGGCAAGGGCCUCUCCAGAAAUACUUCCUGGGGGAAAAGAUGCACGGCGCGGGUGCAGACAUUUUCACGGCGAACAUGUAUCUCGCUGAGGAUCGUAUCCUGUGCUGGGAGCUUGUCUCAAAACGCGGUGGCUCGUGGAUCUUGCACUACGUUAAGUCUGCGUAUGCCGUCACGGACGUUCCUGAUCAGAUCCCGGAGCUGAUCUCUCAGCGACGUCGGUGGCUCAAUGGCUCGUUCUUCGCGGCGAUACACAGUACGGUGAAGUUCUACUACAUCUACCGGUCCUCGCACGGCAUCCUGCGCAAGUUCUGGAUCCAUAUCGAGAUGAUCUACCAAACUUUCGUCUUGAUCUUCUCUUGGUUCGCUCUCGGGAAUUAUUAUAUCUCGUUCGUUAUUCUCAGCGAGGCGCUGGAAGACCCGUCGUUCCAUAUGAAGGGCAUCAAUAUCGUGAACAUCAUACUGAACUAUGUCUACUUGGGUCUACUCGUCAUGUCUUUCCUUCUUGCGCUGGGCAACCGACCACAAGGUGCAAAGUGGCCAUACACUCUCGCAUUCGUCGGUUUCGCAGUGAUCACGAUAUACAUGACGGUCGCCGCGUUCUUUCUCGCGUUCAAGGGCAUCGAUAAUGUCGUGAAGUCGCAGGGCCCUUUGUCUGUCAGCAGCCUUUUCGGCAAUGCGAUCUUCCGCGAUAUCGUCAUCUCGUUGCUUGCAACCAUCGGGCUGUAUAUCUUGUCAUCCCUGAUUCACUUCGACCCUUGGCAUAUGAUCACGUCGUUCCUUCAGUAUGUAUUGAUCUCGCCGUCGUACAUCUCGGUGUUGAAUGUCUACGCUUUCGCAAAUGUCCACGACGUUUCGUGGGGAACGAAAGGCGAUAAUAAGGUGUCCACCGACCUCGGGGUCGUGCAGACGAGCAAGAACAAGAACGAAGUCGAGGUGGCGGUGCCGACUGCCGAGCAGGAUAUCAACGCCGCGUACGAUGACGCGCUCGCGGUGCUGCAGACAAAGCCGCCCAAGGCCGAGUCGAAGCCCGACGCGCAGACAGCGCAGGAAGAUUAUUACCGGUCGUUCCGGACAAACUACUUUGUUCGCAGUGUGUUGCUGGCAUGGACGUUAUCGAACGGUCUGCUAGCGGCCGUCGUCGUAUCCGCAACGGAUGAUGCGAAGAAUUCGAGUGCCGAGAAACGUGUAGACGGCUAUAUGGCAUUCAUCCUCUUCUCCGUGGCCGGACUCGCAUUUGUGCGUUUCAUUGGAUCGACGGCGUAUAUGCUCGUCCGGUUGUUCUCCGGCGAGUAG